UCUAACUACGAACGCUGUCUUUCACUUAGUUGCAUCAAAUAGUUUUCGCUGUUUAUUCAUGGAUCAUGGUGCCCGUUAAUUUUCGCAUGGCACAUGAAACAUUUAUUGGACAUAAAAAGGACACGGUAAACGAGUCUUAGUAAGAGAGAGACUGAGAGAAAUAUUAAAUUGUUGCAAUUUGCUUGUUCAUUUGUGUUCAUAAAGCGGAUAUUUAAAAGCGACUAAUGCGGUUUUGAUAUUUAAAGGAACAGCGACAGAAGGCUCAGUAUUUUGCAACAUAUAAUUGUUGGAUCGUGUUAUGGUGCAGGCUGUGAAAACAACAUAGUAAAAAUUGUUUCUCAAUUGUGAGUUUUUUUGUAUCGCCUUACUCUCAUAAUAUAUGACAACUUUGAAACACGGCAAAUCACCGGAGAAAGACACAAGACCAUAUUAUUAUAACGAAUAUACGUUGAUAAUAGGUUGUGAAUGUAUUUUUAUUAUACAUCAUUCAAUGAUGCUAAAUUACGGAUUCUGAACGUAUUGUAGAAGUGAUUACAUGACAUGUGAAGGUCAAAACAGAAUCACAAAUAGACGGUUAAUGUUAAUAUCGUCGAUAAAAUGAAUGGUGAAUAUCGUGUCUCAAACAUUGGAGCUUAAUAACAAUUUUUUUGAAAACGUGAAUGAAUUUACUUGAAAUAAAAGAUCGAGUCAAGGAAUCUAGCUUGCCGCUAGAAAGUGCCGACAAAUCAAAUCGCGAACGACGUAAAUAGAUCCACUGCUGACCCUUUCGGUGGGUUCUGUAUUAUCCGGGGUAUUGUCAUGGACACAACAGCUGACGGACUGGACAUCAUAACACAGGACGCGAGCAAACAGCUACAGGAAAACAAUACGAGCAACAUGUCGACAAGCAGACCGUUUUAUAAUAACGAUGGCGACAUCACAUUCGCAACGGCAACGGCUUUGUACGUUGUGCCAGUCUUGGUAGUUGUUGGAACCAUCGGUAAUAUUCUUAUUCUGCUCACUGUCCGACAGCGGAACAUGAAGAACUGGUCAAUUUGCUUCUACCUGUCUGCCUAUGCCGUUGGCAAUCUGAUUAUACUUGUACCCAUGAUUGGAACUGAGUGGCUUUGUGGCGUUACAGGACUGACCUAUUUCACCGAGCUGAGCGAUUUUACCUGCAAACUCUGGCAGUUUGUCAUGAGCGUCACUGUAUAUUCCGGAAUCUGGUUUGUGUUUGCCAUGCUUGUAGAUCAGUAUAUUACUAUAUGCCUACCGCAUAAAGCGCAGUCGAUGUGCACAUUAUUUAUGGCAAAGUUUGCAGUCGUCAUCAUAAUAAUCGGUUUAACCGUUGUGAGUGUCCAUGCCAUAUGGACGUUUGAACUCUUCCAAAAUGGAUGCUAUAUUGUUCACACUCCAAAUGAUCUUCUUACCCUAAUAUGGCCUUGGGUGUCUCUGAGUUUCAACUGCAUGAUACCUCUUGUACUGUUGAGUAUUUUUAUCAUCCUAGUUGUGUACGGAACGCUUACAAAAUCUACCUGGAAGAAAACGCCCAGUAACUACCAAGUGCCAGUCGAUAUCACUAUCAUGACGAUUGCAUUGUCUAUCUUCUUCGUCGUCUUUGUGACACCAACCACGGUGAUCACUGUAAUUAAAACUAACAUGCCCAGGGCGUGGCUGCACGACAAAGAGAUUUAUCACACAAUUGUAAAUAUCGUUGUAGUUAUAGGCGACAUUCUCUCAUACUUUAACCCAACGUUUUCUUUCUUAAUCUGUUUUGCAUUUUCGUCAACGUUUCGACAAGAGAUACAGGAGCGGCUGCGGGGCUUCUUUUGCGAAAGAGGGGCGCGCGUGUACGAAAUGCAAAUCAACUCAUCGGCUGGUAGCGCAGCAAAUGAUGCGGAAAACUGUUCAGAAACUACGCCAUUAUGAGAAGCCACGCAACGUUUAAGCGUAGUCGUAGGCGGAAAAAGUUAAUUAUUGUGUUUCAAUAUUAUAAACAAUUUUUAUUUCGCUUAUUUACAUGUUCUGGCUGUUGUUGCGUCUAUCAUCAUUUGGUAAAUGUGUAUUGUUAACAACGUCUUUAAUGUAUGCUUUCAAAUCAUGUUUGUUUAAUGUCUUUAUAAAUGUUGUUAUAUAUUAAAAAAGAAAAAUCAAUAGAUAUCUCAACCUAACGCAUUAUCACGUUAAGCACAUGCGCAAUAAAAGUUUUAAUUGCGCAUAAAUUCACCAU